AUGACGGUGUCCCCGGAAUUCAGCGUCCGGGCAUCUGAUUCCGCCCCGUUCUCCACUCCAUUACCGAGAGCCCCACUUAUCCCGGCCGAGACCCGGCCCCAAAGAAACGCCAAGCUUGCCGGUAGACCCGGCUUACUGUCGCAGCCCAACACCGAGAUACAGACAGUCUAUGACAUUGUUAAUUGGGCGGCAGAGAUAUAUGGUGACAAGCCUGCUUUGGGUACACGAGCAAGUGGAACCGAAAACACAAAUGCAAAAACCGAAUCGCCCGGAGAUUCCCUGUACACGUACAUAUCAUACCGAGAUUAUCUUAUCGUGAUUCGUGAUGUAGGAUCUGGUUUGCGGGCGGUCGGUCUCCAGAAAACUGAUAAGAUUCUCGUCUACGCAGCAACUAGCCCACAAUGGUUAUCAAUCGCUCAUGGCGCAUCUUCACAGUCCAUGGUUUUCGUGACAGCCUACGAAGCUCUCGGCCUUGCUGGCCUCGAGCAUUCUCUAGAGUCCACAGGCGCCAAAGCCAUCUUCGUGGAUCACCAUCUCUGUCAAAAAGUGACUUCUGCAAUGACGAUCAAAGCUCUUCCACGAGUCGAGGCCAUAGUCUACAACGACCAGCCAAGUUAUACAUUCAAUUCGGGUGCUGAGUGGAUCAAAGGCUUGUUCGAACUCAAGAAGACACGUCCCGGGCUUCAAGUACUCAGCUUCAGCCAGCUAUGCCAGGUUGGCCGGAGCAAGAUUAGUGAGCCUAUUCAACCUGAUAGGGAGGAUCUAUGCGCCAUCUACUACACUUCUGGGUCUACAGGAAUACCGAAAGGAGUUCCGGUGAAACACAAGGCCGUUGUAGCAGCAGUCACAGGCCUUGACUCCGUGAUCGGCGACUAUCUCUCGCCUUCCGACUCUUUUCUCGCAUACUUACCAUUAGCUCAUGUUCUUGAAUUCGCCUUCGAAAACAGCUGUCUCUUCUGGGGUGUAAAAAUGGGCUACGGCGGUGCCCGUACGCUAUUCAACCAUGUCAGUCCAUCCGGCACUCUCAAAGUGGGAGACCUACAUGCCUUGCAACCAACCUUUAUGAUCGGUGUUCCUGCUAUCUGGGAAAGGAUUAAAAAGGCAAUUUUCUCCAGCGUGGAAAAUUCAAGCUUUAUUGACAGACUUGCUUUCUGGUCGUGGCUGAAAGCAAAAGAAGUAUGGGCCGCAGCCGGAUUAGCCGGGACAGGCGGCUUGAAUGGGAUACUAUCGUCCGCCGCAAGUGAGGUGGUUGGGUCCCGGCUGCGAUUCGCCAUGUCAGGCGGCGGGCCCGUAGCGGAAAGCACGCAGAACUUCUUGACUAUGGUGAUGGCUCCUUUGGUCAACGGAUAUGGCUUAACCGAGACAAUGGCCAUGGGCGGUCUGAUGGAUCCCGGGCAAUGGCGCCCAGGAUGUAUGAGCAUCCCGGCCAGCAUAGAAAUGAAACUGGUCGACUAUCAUGAUGCGGGCUACCUCACCAGUAAUAUUCCAUCGCAAGGAGAGAUCUGGAUACGGGGCGAUAGUGUUAUGCAAGGGUACUUUGACAACGACGAUGAGUCCAAAAGUGCAGUCGUGCCCGGCGGUUGGCUCCGCACCGGCGACAUUGGGCAGUGGGAACCCACAUGCAGCGGCGACGACUUUCAUUUCCGAAUCAUUGACCGGAAAAAGAACCUCGUCAAAACACUCAACGGAGAGUACAUCGCGGUUGAAAAGCUAGAGUCUAUCUACCGCUCUGCAAAGCUGGUGGCUAAUAUCUGCAUCCAUGCAUCGCCUGACCGCGCAAAGCCGACGGCUAUAGUCAUUCCUUCACCACCAGCCUUAAAGGAACUAGUUAAGAGACAUGGCUUAGAUUUCCGCUGUAAAACAUCAGCGCUUACACGACAUCCACUUGUCGUGCAUGGCGCCCUUAUGCAGUUGCAACAGAUCGCUCAGGAGGCCGGGCUUACCUCGAUUGAGGUAGUCGAGGCGGUUGUGCUUGUUGACGAUGCAGAGUGGACUCCUCAGAAUGGCUUGACAACAGCGGUUGGGAAGCUUAACAGACGAGGGAUUGUGACUCGCUAUCAGGGACUACUUGAUCGCGUCCAUGGUGAACCUUGAUGGGCUUUCCCCAAAAAGCGACAAUUAAGGCAAUAGUAUCACAUCUUCCAU